UCCAAGGCAACCACUUUGAAGCAACGGAAGACAGAGCGUCACACAAUCCAGCGAGGACGUAUAGGUCAACAGUGGCUCUGUGUUAUCUUAAGUAAAUAAAUACACAACAACAAGACCAAAGUGAAAGCGACAGUAUUUUUAGGCGGUAUUUUUUGUUAGAAAGGGAAGAAAGGCGCUAGCCAGUGAUAGCUAACGUCAUUUAGUUGAUGAGCUAGAUUACACAACCAAGAAAUCAAAGUGUGGAGAAGAAGAAGGAGGCCAAAGUGUUCUGUUGGGUUGAAUUAUUCCAAGUGAUUUAUUGAGGAGCGGGGAUGGACUUCGUGGCUGGCUGCAUUGGAGGUGCGGCUGGAGUCUUGGUUGGCCACCCUUUUGACACCGUAAAGGUGAGACUGCAGGUCCAGAAUGUUAAUAAGCCUCUGUACCGUGGAACCUUUCACUGCUUCCAGUCCAUCAUACGCCAAGAGUCGGCAUUUGGUUUGUACAAAGGCAUCGGCUCGCCCAUGAUGGGCCUCACCUUCAUCAACGCCAUCGUCUUUGGCGUUCAGGGGAACACCAUGCGGCUGCUGGGUCAGGACACGCCCACCAACCAGUUUGUGGCGGGCGCGGCCGCCGGCGCCAUCCAGUGCGUCAUCUGCUGCCCCAUGGAGCUGGCCAAGACGCGCAUGCAGAUGCAGGGCACGGGCGAGAUGAAGUCGUCCAAGAAGAUGUACAAGAACUCUCUUGACUGCUUGGCUCGCAUCUACAAGCGCGAGGGCGUGUGGGGCAUGAACAGGGGCAUGGUCACCACCUUCAUCCGCGAGACGCCCGCCUUCGGAUUGUACUUCCUGGCGUACGACGUCUUGACGCGCUACCUGGGAUGCGAGCCCGAGGACCGCUACAUGAUCCCCAAGCUGCUGUUCGCAGGCGGCAUGGCGGGCAUCGCCUCGUGGUUGUCCACCUACCCGGUGGACGUGAUCAAGUCGCGUCUCCAGGCGGACGGCGUGGGCGGCGUCAACCGCUACAGCGGAAUCGCCGAUUGCGUGCGGCAGAGCGUGCGCACGGAGGGCUACAUGGUGUUCACGCGGGGGCUCACCUCCACGCUCCUGCGGGCCUUCCCCGUUAACGCCGCCACUUUCGCCACCGUCACGCUGGUCCUCAUGUAUGCGCGCGGGCCCCAGCCGGCGCCCGGGGACUGCGAGUCACCUCAGACCCAGCCAUCCAAUCUGUGAUGGGGGCGAAGGUCGCUCGCCGCGCCUUCAACUGCACGGCACUUUAUCACAGACAGGUAAGAAGUCAGGACCCUUUAAGACGCGCCGCCGCCGCCGUGGCGGCUUUUUACUUCCAAGCAAUAAUUUACCUGUCAGGUGCAGCGAGACAUUUACUUCCUGGAGGCUUCCAGUGCAGCUCACAUCCACAUUGCAAACAUCACAUACAUCCUACAAAUAUGAUGCACUUCCAGACAGGAUGGAAACCUUUGAUGUGUACCGGACAACCUUUUUCCUGCCUUAUCGUGUUUGACGUAUUACGGAAGAACAAAGCACCUUGCAGAAGAGCGGGAGCGUCGCCCGUCGCAGAAGAAAACGCUCUGCAUCAGUAAAUUGGCCAGUCGUGUUUUUCAAUUCAACAUAUCGAGCGUUAUUUGAUUGACGCGUUCAUCCCGAGGUUAGAAGGGCCUUCUUUAUUCUACAAACGAGCGCGGAACGAGGGAGCAUGGAGGGACCAACGCCUUCAUCAGGCUGCUGUGCUUGCAAGAAGGCUGCGUUCACCGGUGUCAUGUUUGGUUCACUUGCAGGCUUGGAUUCCCAACCCUGGUGCAUCCCAAACAAACUCUGGUACGCCCCUUAAAAGUAAGUUUUACAAUCUAACAUGGUCAAAACAUAACAUAUCAAAAUAAUCUGUGUAUUCAACCCAGCAAACAGCAUUUUGGUUGGGAACAUUUGAGUUACGUCAUGUGAUACGGCACCAAAGCUCUUUAAAAGUAUAUUUUAUAAGCUCUUGGUGAAAAUUGAAGCUGGUCAAACUAUCAGAAUGUAAAAAAUAACCAAUGUGUUCAACACAGGAAAAGGAAUUUUGGUUUGGAGUAUUUGCGUUAGAUCACGUAAUAUGGCACCCAAGCUCCUUAAAAGUAUAUUUUACACGCUUGUGGUGAAAUCUAAACUCAGAAUAUGAAAAUAACCAACGUAUUCAACUCAGCAGACGGCAUUGUGGUUUGGAAUAUUGAGUAAAGUUAUGGAAUAUGUGAUGAACUCUCUUUAAUAAAAAGUAUAUUUUACACGCUUGUGAAAUUUACGCUGGUAAAAGUAUCAGAAUAUAAAAAUAACCUGCGUGUUCAACAUUUUACUUCGGAAUAUUUGAGUUUCAGCACAUAUGUCACAGAAACUCUUAAAGUAUAUUUGGUAAGCUUUUGGUGAAAUCGAAGCUGGCAAAAAUAGCUGAAUAUGAAGACAAGUUGCGUAUUUUGAUGUCAUGGAAGCUGUCCAAGCAAUUCCAUACUUUAUGCAAACGUUCUCUCCUGCGCAUCUUUUGGUCACGUGACUAAAACACUGCGUGAACGCUAAGAUAACCGCACCAAAGUGCGUAGCACGCAUUUAUUUUUCGUACCAAAGCGUGAAGUGUGAACGCAGCCUGAGAGUCACGGUUUGCUUGUAUUGAGAUUGUUUGGGUGUUUUGGGUGUCCGUGGCUUGAAAUGAUUCAUAACUGAUGAAUGUACUGUAUUUAUGUUCCAAUGGUGGAUUAUAUCGCACCUAAUCUGGAUUGGGGCUUUUUCAUUUAAUCUAAUGGGUCUUUUUUAUACUAAAUUAUGCUGAGAAGUGGUUUCAUCUCUGCUGGAUUUUAGUCCCAAUCUUGAAUCCUGAAUGUCCUGAAUGCAAACAUAUGGUGCACACUCAAAAGGUUACUACUUAGGUGGCGUUAUUUUUAUAGCUAUAUGUAGAUAUAUGUAUAUGUAUACGUAUAGAUAGUGGGACGUCCCACACGCACUAGCACUAAAGACGCAAACAUGAUGGAUGCUAUGUAUUUUUAGUUUUCUGCUUUCUUACUGAGACACUUGAACAUUUACAAAUGUGAGUAUGGGGGCCACAAUCAAAGAAUACAUUGUCAUUUGAUGCCAGAAAAAGAUGCAGUACGAUUUUUUUUUUUCAAAAAGCAUUUUAAAAUAAUAUUUUUUAUGAUACUACAGUUAAACUACAGUUGGAACAUUUCCAGAAAAAAAGUUGUAAUUCUCCAAUCUGAAUUUUAAUGAUAAAAAACAUCACAAUAAACAAGACAAAAAAUUGAGAAACUCUAAACUAAAAAGUCAUAUGAAGAAACACUGAAGUCCUAAUUGGCGAUAAAAAGUUAUCAUUUUAACAGAAUAAAGUCAUAAUUUUGCGGGGGGCGGGAGUGAAUGCGACCAACGUGGUACCGUUGUGAGAACAACGUACCUACACUAAAGUCGUCCAAGUUUGAAAUUACAAGUUGUAAUCUUACAUGUAAAAUAUUUUUUCUUAAAAAUCACAAGUAAACACGACUAAAGUUUGCACGUUACAAGAAAAAAGUAGUCAUGUGUCGAAAGACAUCUUUACGAAAGAAAUUGUAAUUAACGAAUUAGAAGGCUAGCCGUAACCGAAGAAAGGUGUCAUUUUACAGGACUAAAGCACUAAUAUUAUGACAAAGUCAAAAUGUACAAGAAUGUCUUCUACAAGAAUCAAGACAAAAUUUGACAGGAAACAUUGAACGACAAAAGUUGUGGUUUUAUCGGAAUUAUGUUGUAAUAUGAGCAAAAGUUGUAAUUGUGUGAGACUGAAGUCGUAGCGUAAGAAAAACAGUGUUGCGAGGAAAUGAACACUGCGUUAAAAUUGCCACUUAAUCCUCGUAACAUUACGUUUUUUCCCGAAAAAAACAUGACUGUUGUCAUGGCGGUCUCGUUAAACGACGCCUUUCUCCCUUUUUGCUUGUGGCCCUUGGCACCUUUGUAAAAACUCCAAUAACAACAAUAAAGCUAACCUUGAAACAACAAGAAACUUCCGUACCAAACAUCCUGUAUGAACAAUACGUCUUGUAUCACUGUUUCAUACGAUACGUCCUGUAUGACUGUAUCGUACGCAUCCUAUAUGACUGUAUCGCACCACAUCCUGUACGACUGUUUCUUCCUACUUGACUGUUUGGAACAAUACAAUACAUCCUCAAGCAGAGCUGUAAAAAGAAAGCUUAUAUAAAGUUAUUUUUCAUGCUGAUAUGUCUGAAGUGUACAUUUAUUUAUUUUGAUCCGUUGUUUGUGGGAGUUUAACUUAAAAGUACAAAGGUGUUCUAUUUUUACGUGUGCACAGCGACAUGGUAAUGACAACAUACGACCUGCUGGUUUGGAAUAAUGACAAAUGGUGAAUAAAUACGAA